GUGUUUAUGAAAUAUGAAUCAUGUAUUUCGUAAUUGUUUCACUGAAAACUUCACAUAAAACUAUUAGUUAUUACUAGAGAGACAAGCUAGAACUUGUCUAGAUGUAACAGUCUCACUGAAAGGGUUUUUUAACUGUGACACAUUGAAUAUUUUGUAUCAUUUUCGUUUAGUGGUCAAUUUUCCGCGCAGACAUGCUCGAGUGCCUUAUAAACGGGCGCAGCUACGGCUGGCGGCUCAGUUCGAUCCAACCAACGAUGUCGGAGGUUGCUAACCAGUGCCCAGUUGAGGACACCAGCUUAUUCGACAUGGACGCAUGUUAUGAGACUUUCGACAAGGAUGGAGACGGGCAACUGAACCUGGAUGAGUUCAGAUUGAUCUGCCGCGCACUGUUCCGCAACGACAAAGGCCACAUCUACCCGCUAUCGGAGGAUAGAGCGCGGCAUAUCUUCCAAGUGUUCGACAAGAAUGACGACGGGUUCAUUGACAAAGAUGAGUUCACCUUCUGCUGGAACCAUUGGAUCAAAGUGAUCGUGCGUCCGGUGAGCGCAUUCCUGAUCGUAGACGUUCAGAACGACUUCAUCUCCGGCACUCUGAACAUCAGCAAGUGUAAUGCGCAACAGGAUGGCAGCGAAGUGGUGGAGCCAAUCAACAGGCUUCUGGAGUCUGUGCCCUUCGACUGCGUGUUCUAUUCCUUGGACUGGCACCCGCCAGACCACGUCUCCUUCAUCGACAACGUGCAUAUGCGGGAACUGCACCCGUCCAGUCCGGUAUCUGCGGACAAGGCGCAGGCAUACGAUACAGUUGUAUUCGCUGGUCCGCCACCCAUGAAGCAGCGACUGUGGCCGCGUCACUGCGUGCAGGACACGUGGGGUGCUGAGCUGCAUAAGGAUCUCAAGAUCGUUGACAGCGCCGUGAAGGUUUACAAGGGCACCAACCCGGAAGUUGACUCGUACUCCGUGUUCUGGGACAACAAAAAGCUGACUGACACUAGUCUAAGCACCCAGCUCCGCUCGCGUGGCGCCACCGACAUCUACAUAUGCGGGCUGGCGUACGACGUAUGCGUUGGUGCGACAAUAGCUGACGCUUUGGCCAUCGGCUACCGCGCUAUACUCAUUGACGACGCGAGCCGCGGCGUCGAUCUGGCUGACAUCGAGCGCACGAAGCAGACCAUCGUGUCCAAUAACGGCGUCAUAGUGGAGUCCCACCAGAUACCAGCAAUGGUGGAGGGGCGUGACCGACGACCGGAACUGGGCUACAAGCUAGCUAUGGAACUUAAAAACGCAAUGGAAGACGAAUAAUAAGUUAUAAUCAUGUAAUGUGAGGGUAGAUCGAAAUUUUCACUACCCGCAAAACUACAUUUUCAUUGGUACACAAUUUGGUAUACACUAUAACAGCACAAAAUAAAUUAAAUUUGGUUCCGCCGUCUAAAAUCCUGUUACAAAAUAGAAUAAAGUUUACAUUUUUAGAAUUAAGUAAUGUAGUAAUUUCAAACUGCAGGGUAAGCAAUGCUUUUUUGCCUCUAUUAGCUAACCGCUGUUAUCAGGGUAAAGACGAACAAUAAGUUAUAAACAUGUUAUAUUAUAGAGGGUAGAUCGAAAACUUAACUACAUUUUCGUUGAUAAACAAUUUGGCACACAAUAUAGUAGCACAUAAUAAAUAAAAUAAGGUUUCGCUAUUUUCAAAAUUCCAAAUAAAAAUAAAGUUUAAAUGUCACAUUUGUAAAAGUAAAGUUAUUUAGUAAUUUCAAACUGCAGGGUAAGCAAUGCCUUUUUGCCUCUAUGAGCUAACCGCUGUUGUCAGGGUAUUUGAAAGCCUUAACUCGUGAUAGAAAGUGCUUUUAUUAAAUUAAGACGCACUUUAUAGAUGAUGAUGAUACCCCAUGUUAUAAUGGCUGAAUCAGGGUUCUGUACGUUCUUAAUUCUGAGAUAUGAUGUUAUCAAUGGCGUGCAUAUGCACUAAACGGGCAGAUGAUAUAAAAUGGAAAAAUUGUUUGUUACGAGCUAAUAAAAACUUAACGGUUGGCAUUACACAAGUUAUAAAAAGCCUACCCUUAAGUUAUUAUAACUAUUAUUAGAUACAGCCCCUUGAUUUAUUUUAACCUAACUCUUUUUCACUGAGCCUUAGAAAAAAUCUUGCAAUGGUAAAUUACAUGUAUAAUUUAAUUUAUAAAGCAUACUAGUGAUGUCAAUUAUGUUAAAAUUCCUUCGUUUUAUUUUACUACGAGGCGGGAUCUCAACAUUUAAAAACACAAUGUUCCUUGAAUUAUUCCUAUAUUGUUAUCAGUAACUUUUAAGGUAUUAUUGUACAGUAUAUACAGUUGCGGUAUACAAGCGUAUUUCCAGCGAGAAGAUUAUUAAAAAUACUUAGCUUUAUUAGUAACAACCGUUUUCUCGGGAGUCAAGUGCUGCCAUGGAAUAAAAAUUGCUGGCUGGGAAUAUGCUCGUAAACCGCUUAAUAAUAUGUAAGAGAUCGCUAAAUCAGUCCUUACUAUG